AUGAAAAAUUUUCUAAGCAUAUUAUUAGAUGUUUUUCUUUUCCCAUUAUUCAUUCAUACAACUCAAGUUGUUAUAAAUAAUCUCAAACCACGCUUGGAUGUUAAUGGUACCAUUAUAGAUGCACAUGAUGGUAGUAUACAACAAUUUGAAAAAAAUGGCCUCUACUAUAUGCAUGCGAUGCAGUAUGGUCUCUGUGAAGAACCACCAAACUAUGGAUGUGAUGGAGCAGGAAUGCCAAGUCGAUGUGGUUUUCAAAUGAAUCACAAUAUUAGUAUAUGGUCGUCACCAAAUUUGACUUCAGGUUCAUGGUCCUAUGUUGGCAAUGCAAUUGAUGUUGCUGAUCGGCCAGCAGGUGUUGUAUUUCGUCCACAUCUGGUAUACAAUCCUAUUACAAAAUUGUAUGUUCUUUUUUGGAAUUAUAUGAGAUGGGGUCUACCUAGUUUAUAUGCAAUUGCUAUAGCUGAUACGCCAAAUGGACCAUUCAGAUUAAUUAAUUCUGCAUUGAAUGUUUCUCGAGGUGGUGGUGGAGGUGAUUUUGAUAUUCUUGUUGAUGAUGAUGGAACUGGUUAUAUUAUCUAUUCGCAAAACUAUUAUAUGAGUGUAGAACAAUUAACACCUGAUUUUUAUUAUUCAACAGGAAAAUCUUAUAUGUUUGAAGAAUAUUUUGUUGAAGCACCCAUAUUUAUGAAAAAAAAUAAUAUUUUUUAUGCUUUAUUCGGUUGGUGUUGUUGUUAUUGUAUGCAAGGUAGUGGUAUUUUAGUUCAUACAGCUAAUAAUCCACUGGGACCUUAUACACUUCAAGCUAAUGGUGAUCUUGCUUGUGAACCAAAAAGUAACACUUCUAAAACAGUACUACCAUUGACAUCAAUCAGUGGUCUACCUACACCUAAUCAAGGUUGUGAAUUUCAUAAUGUAAACACAACAUCUAUUGCUCGAUCUCAACAAAAUUAUAUCAUUAAAGUUACGAAUUCAACCGGAUAUACAACAUAUGUGUGGACGGGUGAUAGAUGGCAACAAGCACCCGAUGGAAUUAAAGGCCAUGAACCUCAAUAUUGGGUUCCAUUGAACUUUUACGAAGAUGGAACUAUUGGGAAAAUGCAAUGGAUUGAUGAAUUUAUUUUGGAUGUCUAA